AUGUCUUUCUACUAUCCGAAGAAUUUUCGUGCGAACGGCUGGGGCUGGCAUAGAUCUGCCAACGCCGCGUCGGCUGUAAGGGGAUUCUUGAGCAAAGAAAGGGGAGGGCAGGGUAGCAGUGAGCCAUUGAUUGGUAAUGGAAGACUUUACCCGACUUUACCCGCGGAAGACGACGCUGGUUUCUCGGGGGUAAAAUUAUACCCUUCGUUACCUGCCGAGGAAUACGAAAGCGGUGCGGUUGAAGAAGUUAUUGAAGAAGCAUGUGCCGCUGUGAAUGUUAAUUUGGAGGUGAGUUUAUCUUAUCUUUUAUCUUUAAUAAACUAUUCUCUAUCUUUUUUGGUUGAACUUAAAAGAUUUCCUCGUUUAAUUAUAACUUUAUGUAUAUCUUAA